AUGUCCUCGAUAGCGCAGUCCCGGCCUUUGAGGCGUGCUUCUACGCGGAAGCGAUUGAUCCUCCAGGAGAGUUCCGAAGAUGACUCGCAAUCGGGCCGCGCAACGCCUACUCUUUCGGCACAAGAGGAGGACGACAACGAUGGAGAAUUCACCCCAGUUCCCAGCCGGACAGCUACAAGACGGAGCUCUCGUCGGCAAACGGUCGACAGCACCGGUGAAGUCGCGCAAUCCACGCGACCGCCGCGAAAGAGCCGACGAACUGAACCCCGCGAAAGCCAAGGAGCAUCGCAGCCUCGCGUUGCAGCGGAAGAGAGCAUUUUGAAUACCGGGGACCCGGAGUCUCCGACAAGGAGGCUCUCUGCCGCAAGGUCAAGACGCAGCACGACUAACCGGAGUACUCGUAUGUCCUCAGCCACUCCCACAAUGGGACUCUCCUCUAUUCCGACACCAGCACCCUCACAGUCUCCAGAGCCUAGUUCGCGCCCAUCCCGUCGAAGCUCGUCGCGGCCUUUAGAACCGCCUUUAUCUUCUUCAAGACGCAGCAUUACUCCGUCGCCCUUACAACCAGCGAGUACUGAUAGGCGAUCGUCCUCUCGAAGCAUUACGCCUAUAGCCUCACAAACCCCAAGCCGCGCGGCUACGCCGCCUACAGUACGGCGAGCAGAACGGGCUCCAUCUUCUAGGAGAAGUGCCACGCCUGUCGUAGAUUCUACGGAUCAACCGACCGGCGAAACGUCACUGAUCACAAAACAGUCGCAGACAGCACAGGUUGAACCGAUAAACCCGGCGACGACUGCACUAGAAAAGCCGAUGGAUAUCUUGAUGAAGUCUCGGACAGCACCACAACCCCCUGUAGAAGAACCGUCAGGCCCCAAACCGCGAAUGGUCAUCACACAUCUGGUUCUGACCAACUUUAAAAGUUAUUCAGGGCGACAAGUUGUUGGCCCAUUCCAUGCAUCGUUUUCUUCAGUGGUGGGGCCCAAUGGCUCCGGAAAAUCCAAUGUUAUUGACUCCCUCCUGUUCGUGUUUGGCUUCCGAGCCAGUAAGAUGAGGCAAGGCAAGAUCUCGGCCCUUAUCCACAACUCUGCUAAUUUCCCAAAUCUUCCAUUUUGCGAAGUUGAGGUACAUUUUCAAGAAGUUCUGGAUCUCCCCGAGGGUGGUCACGAAGUUAUGCCCGGCUCACAGCUCGUGGUCUCUCGCAAAGCCUUUAAGAAUAAUACGAGCAAGUACUACAUGGAUCGAAAGGAAACGAACUUCACGACUGUCACGGAUUUCCUCCGAGCCCGCGGAAUUGACCUAGAUCACAAGAGAUUUCUCAUCCUACAGGGUGAAGUUGAAUCGAUCGCUCAGAUGAAGCCUAAAGCAGUCAACGAUCAUGAUGAUGGCUUGCUAGAGUAUCUAGAAGACAUAAUAGGAACCUCCAAAUACAAGGCCCCAAUUGAGGAGGCAGCAACAGAGGUUGAAACACUGAACGAAGUCUGCUCAGAGAAAAGCAACCGCGUCCAGCAUGUUGAAAAGGAGAAGUCCUCUCUGGAAGACAAGAAGAACAAAGCUCUAGCUUUCAUCAAAGACGAGAAUGAGCUCGCAGAAAAGCAGUCCGCUCUGUAUCAAAUUUAUAUUGAUGAGUGCAACGAUAACACCAGAGUUACAGAGGAAGCUAUUUUGCAGAUGCAAGAAUUGUUUAAUCUGGAGCUCGAAAAACACCAGGGAAGCGAAGAAGGCAUUAAGCAACUUCAGCGCCAGUUUAAGCGAAGCACAAGAGAGUACGAAGCCAUGGAGAAAGAAACGCAAGCCAUUGCGAAGGAGAUGUCCAAAUAUGACAAGGAGUCAGUCAAGCUGGAGGAAAAACGCAAGUUUCUAACAAAUAAACGGAAAAAGUUGGAAAAGUCCUUGCAGUCAAGCCGCUUGGCGGCUUCGGAGUGUGCCAGUCUGGCUGAGAAACAUGGUGAUGAUAUUGAGACAAAGACGGCUGAAAUCGCUUCUCUCGAGAAAGAAAUGAAGCAUGAAGAAAAGGAGCUAACAUCCAUUCGCGAAAGCUUAAAAGGUAAAACCCAGGGCCUCUCUGAUCAGAUCGCCGCGAAACAAAAAAGUCUGGAGCCCUGGAACGAGAAGAUUAACGAGAAACAAUCUGCUAUGGCUGUCGCCCAAAGUGAGCUGGAUAUUAUUUAUGAGAAAACUAACGCUGGCGCUGUUGCUCUGGAAGAAGCACAGGCCAAAGUUGUUUCCAUCCAAGAAGGGGCUGCAGCCAAAACCCAUGAGCUAGAGCAACGCCAGUCAGAACUGACAGAACUUGAAAAUGAAGUCGCCUCUUUAUCCGCCGAGUUACGCAGGUUCUCUGAAAAGGAGCCAGAGUACCGUUCCCGUCUGUCUACUGCUCGUCAAAAGGCAGAGGAGGCAAGGUCAAGCCUCACAAGCACUCAGAAUCAAGGUAAUGUCCUCGCCGGCCUAAUGCGGUUGAAAGAGUCUGGUCGCAUUGAAGGGUUUCAUGGGCGAUUGGGAAAUCUGGGAACAAUCGAAGAAAAAUUUGAUGUCGCUAUUUCAACCGCCUGUCCUUCACUCGAUAACCUUGUUGUGGACUCUGUGGAAGUUGGACAGCAAUGCAUCGAAUAUCUCCGCAAGAACAACCUUGGCAGAGCGAAUUUUAUCUUGCUAGAUCGACUACCACGCAGAGAUAUGUCCACCAUAUUUACUCCGGACAGUGUCCCUCGGCUGUUUGAUUUAGUCAAGCCCGUCGACCCUAAAUUUAGCCCGGCGUUCUACAGCGUUUUGCAGAACACACUUGUUGCUAGAGACUUGGAACAAGCCAAUAAAAUUGCAUACGGCGCCCGAAGAUGGAGGGUCGUCACCCUCGAUGGACAGCUAAUUGAUCUCUCUGGGACAAUGAGCGGAGGUGGAACUCGCGUUGCUAGGGGCGCCAUGUCGUCAAAGAGAGUUGCAGAAGUCUCAAAGGACCAGGUCUUGAAACUUGACGCCGAGCGAGACCAUAUGGAAAAGAGGUUUCAUUCAUUCCAAGAGAAGCAACGUCAAUUGGAAACAUUACUAAGGGACAAGCAAGAAGAAAUUCCAAAACUAAACACGACUAUGCAAAAACUUCGGCUCGAAAUCGAGAGCGCUGGGCGCAACCUCGCAGACGCAAAACGUCGAGUUAAAGAACUUGCAGCGGAACUUAAACCGUCCAACAACGAUGAUACCCGAGCUGGGCCACUUGAAAAACGUAUCGCCAAGUUGGAAACAGAAAUUAACCAACUGCGUGCCGAGAAAGCAGGAAUAGAGGAAGAAAUCCAGGCUCUGCAAGAUAAAAUCAUGGAGAUUGGUGGUGUCAAGCUCCGUGGCCAAAAAGCCAAGGUGGAUGGGCUCAAAGAACAGAUUUCACUUCUUACCGAGGAAGUUUCUAGUGCGGAGGUGUCGAAAUCGAAGAACGAAAAGCUCCGCGUCAAGCAUGAAAAAUCGCGAGUGGAUUCUGAAGGAGAGCUUGAGCACCUAGCAGAGGAGCUUGACAGAUUAGCUCAAGAGACUGCUGAUCAAGCCAACAUUGUCUCGACAGUGAAGGAGAAAACUGAGGCGGCACAAGACGCCGUACUCGCCAAAAAGGAAGAAUUAGCAACCCUCAAAGCCGAGCUGGAUGAGAAGACGGCGGAACUCAACGAAACGCGUGCAGUCGAAAUAGAAAUGCGCAAUAAGUUGGAAGAAAACCAGAAAGUCCUCAUCGAGAAUCAAAAGCGUGGUAGAUAUUGGGAAGAAAAACUAGCUAAGCUCUCGUUGCAAAACAUCAGCGAUCUCGGUGAGGAGCAAGGCUCGGAUCAGCUACCAGUGUAUACGAAAGACGAACUGGCGGGCAUGAAUAAGGAGUCUCUCAAAGCACUGAUCGCAGCGUUGGAGGAAAAGACUCAGAACGCUCAAGUGGAUCUCUCGGUUCUGGGUGAAUACAGACGUCGGGUCGCAGAGCAUGAGUCUCGCUCUGCGGACCUUGCGGCGGCACUGGCUAAUCGCGAUAGCGCCAAAUCUCGCCUCGACACCCUUCGCUCCCUUCGGUUGACAGGGUUUAUGGAGGGCUUCAGCACAAUCUCUCUCCGGUUGAAAGAAAUGUAUCAGAUGAUUACCAUGGGAGGUAACGCAGAACUCGAACUUGUAGAUUCCCUCGAUCCUUUCUCGGAAGGAAUCCUGUUCUCCGUCAUGCCGCCGAAGAAAAGCUGGAAGAAUAUCAGUAAUCUGUCCGGUGGUGAAAAGACCUUGUCUAGUUUGGCUCUGGUAUUUGCGCUACACCACUACAAACCCGACCCCCAUUUUGCUUCAUAUAUCAAGGAACGCACGAAAAACGCACAAUUUAUUGUCAUUUCGUUGCGAAACAAUAUGUUUGAACUUGCUUCGCGGCUUGUCGGCGUGUAUAAAGUCAACCACAUGACCAAGAGCGUCACAGUGGAGAAUAAAGACUAUCUUACGAACAGAGGUUGA